AUGGCCGACGUUGGGUACGGCGACAGAGCGGUCUCGCUGUGCUAUACCCUUGCCCCGCGCUACCCAGGCGCCCUCCCCCUACUGACCGCCCUCGGAUCGCGCCUUCCAGCAGAGCCACGUAUACUCACCCCUACCCCUUUUUUCUCCCCCCUUCUAGACCGCCACGAGCGCCACCGCCCCUCCCGGUACGACGACAGAGACAGGGACCGCGACCGCUACGGCGGCGGCGCCCCCCGGCGAGACGACAGGCGCGAGCGCGACUACGAGCGCGACCGGCAUGGCGGGCGCGGGUACGACGACCGGCGCGGCGGCGGGCGGCACGACGAGGACCGCCGAGGAGGCGGCGGCGGGCGCGGGCGCGACGACGACAGACAUCACGGGCGCCGCGCGGACCACGGAGAGGACAGACGCGGGCGCGGCGGCGGCGGCGGCGGUGGCGGAGGCGGCGGGCGCGGCGCGAGGGAGAGCCCGGAGCGGCGCUCGCCGACGCCCGAAGGCGCCGUCCCGCUCUCGCAGCGGAAGCGCAAAGCGAGCGGGUGGGACGUGCACGCGCCCGGGUACGAGCAGUACACCGCGAUGCAGGCCAAGCAGACCGGUCUGUUCCCGCUCCCGGGCGCGAACCGGACCCAGGUACCGCCCAUCCUGGCCGUCCCCGGCCUGCCGCCACCCAUGCCCGUCCCCUCGUUCGGGAUGGGCAUCGGCGGAAACCCGAACCUGUCGCGCCAGUCGCGCCGGCUGUACAUCGGCAGCAUCACGCCCGAGAUCACCGAGCAGAAUCUCGCCGACUUCUUCAACAGCAAGAUGAUCGAGAUGAGCAUUGGCACCGGCGGCCCGGGCAACCCCGUGCUCGCCGUGCAGUGCAACUACGAAAAGAACUACGCGUUCGUCGAGUUCCGGAGUGCGGAAGACGCUACGGCUGCCAUGGCGUUCGACGGGAUCAUCUUCCUCAACGGUCCUCUCAAGAUUCGCCGCCCGAAGGAUUACGGCGGGCCCGACCCGAUGGGCGCGGGGUUGCACGUUCCAGGCGUCGUAUCCACGAACGUACCGGAUUCGAUCAACAAGGUCUUCGUGGGUGGCCUGCCCGCGUACCUGAACGAGGAGCAGGUGAUGGAGCUCCUCACGAGUUUCGGCGAGCUCAAGGCGUUCAACCUCGUGCGCGAAAACGGCAACGGUCCUUCCAAGGGCUUCGCCUUUUUCGAGUACGUGGACGAAUCGGUCACGGACGUGGCCAUCCAGGCGCUGAACGGGAUGGAGCUCGGCGAUCGGUACCUGGUGGUGCAGCGGGCGUCGGUGGGGGCCAAGCCGGGGAUGCCCAACCUGCCGUACGAGCAGUUCCCGGAGCUGCCGCGGCCGAUCAUGCCCGCGGGGGACGUGUCGAACCGGGACGCGCGGAUCCUGCUCAUGCUGAGCAUGGUCGUGCCCGAGGACCUGGUCGACGACCAGGAGUACGCCGACAUCUGCGAGGACGUGAAGGAGGAGUGCGAGAAGUUUGGGGCGGUGGAGGAUCUGCGGAUCCCGCGCCCGGCGAAGCGGGAUCGCACCAAGUGGGGCGAGGGCGCGGGGGGCCAGGCGCCGAUGUCGGCGCAGGAUUAUCAGCGGAUGGACGAGGCGGCGGGCGUGGGGCGGGUGUACGUCAAGUUCCGCGAGGCGAGGGCGGCGGGGGACGCGCUGAAGGCGUUGGCGGGGCGCAGCUUUGGGGGGAGGAGUAUCAUCGCGACGCUGUUGAACGACGAGAGCCAGACGUCGCCGCCGCUGCAUGUGAUCUUUGCGCCGCAGCCGGAGGCGCCGCCGCCGCUCCCGUCGUCGUGAUGAAUGAACGGGGGAAGUCUGAGGCGGACGGCGGCGGUGGUGGUGGUGGUGGUGCUUGGUGGUGGUUGGCCUUGGCGCUGUCGCCGCAAUAUGUCCUCUUCUCUACUCGAUGUGUUGUUUUGUACAUGUUUGGUGUGCGCAGAUCAUUGUCGUGCUUUGCGAUGACUUCGAUGUUGGCGAUAUGUUGGGUUAUGUGGGUAUGUCGCGUUGACGUUGUGGGGUGACGCGUGACGUCUAUUGUACGGCAUCGGUUGCUCGAUCGUCGUUACUUAGUCUCUUUCACCUCUUCGAUCGGCGAGCUUCUAGCAUCGUCGCGUAUAUCAUGCGUAACGUUACUUAACCGUCGUAAAUUUAAAGCUUGUGUUUGUC